AUUCCUCGCAAAAACCAACAAUUCCUCAAAUUGGUUGGAGGCUGGUGUUACAAAGAUUUUAGGCGGACCACAACUCCAAUAGUCACAAAAGCUCGUCCUGGCAUUUCAGCAGAUCCUACUUUUCAGCCUCCCCAGAAUCAACGCCACCGUCAACACCACCUUGACAUUGCAAUACCACCCACGCAGAAACCCGAGCAGAGAACACAGAGGCAGCAGAUCCUUCUUUUCAGCCUCCCCUGAAUCAACACCACCUUGACAUUGCAAUACCGCCCACGCAGACACCUGAGCAUAGAACACAGAGCAAGGAACUCUGCAGUAGGUGACAGCUUUUGUAAGUCCAAAUAUGAGUCUGGCAUGCCUGGUGUGCCAUAGUGUAGAAAGUCCAUCGCACUCUUUUAGGAGUUACUCUGUUUCAAGUGCAGAAAAUGAGGGAAGAUGUUCUGCCAUUGCCAACUGCUUAGCGAGGAGGCCAUCUUUUCCACUACCAACACAUUCCAACAUUGCAUCAUCCAAAGUAACCCCACAACCAACUCUUCCAAACAGCGGUUCCAUGUCAGGUGCUCCACGGCUAGUUCGAAGCCGGGCUGUGAGAAGGGACAUCGUGCAAGACUGGAACUUUGAUGAGGUUGUGAUGGGGCGUUAGAUUUUUUAAAUAUGACUCCAGAGUAGAAGGCUCUUUCCAUGGUAUAGUGCUAGGAGACAAUAAUCUUGCCAUCUAUUUUUGUUAGUUAUGGCUGCAAUUGAACUCACUUUUCCUCUGGAAGAGUUUGUGCAUUUGUAACCAUCUGAGAAAAUCGUCGCGUUGUUUAUAAUUUUACCCUUUUGGUAGUCUUUUGCAGAUCAAUCUUAUUUCUCUAACUUGCUUUUCUUUUUUCA